AUGGCGGAACCAUUUUUCACAUUUACCCCUCACUUUCUCUCUCUCUCCCGCGUCUCCUCCCUCUGCGAUUUCCCCCUCCCCCGUGUUUCACUGUUCACCGAAUCGAGAAAACCCUCACAGUCGUCACGUUCGGUCACCUCAGCCCUCGAGACCGAUCCAGUUCGACUCGUCGUGAAGUUCCGAUCAAAACCCACCUGUUAUCCCGACCGGAAAGCUCGAAAUCCGGCCACGAUAUCGACUGGUUUUUCUCCCGGUUUUCACCACGACAGCGCAGCGAUUCCGGCCGAAUUUUCCGUCGAGUUUGGUAUGUUUUCGAACCCUCUCCGUAUGCUCUAG